GAAAGAUAUCAGAAGUGAUAUGUUCUGUCGGUAUACAUACAUAAAUAUAUAGAUCCAGAAGAAAUCGGCGAACCUACAUUUAUUUCCAUAACAAAUUCGAUCCUUGUGGCGAUGAUAUCCGAUCUUCCAAGGGAUUUGGCGGAGAGGGUGCUCUCUAGGCUUCCGGUGACAUCUCUGGGAGGAGUGCGAUCUACAUGCAAAAACUGGAGAGCUUUAUCAAAAGACAGGAUUUUUACAAAGAGGCACAUCAGUGAAGCAAAAGCAGCAGCAAAGAAGAGGAAGGAGUUUCAGGUGGUGAUGAUGCUCGAUUUUAGGGUUUAUCUAUUCAACGUCAAUUUUACCAAUCUCCUCAAUACAUCUAUGGAGCGUAUAGGUAAACUUGUUAGCCCAGAUCGUAUCGAGAUAUCUCAAAUCUUUCACUGCAGCGGUUUGUUGUUAUGCAUCACCAAAGACAAAUCUAGGCUUGUUGUGUGGAACCCUUGUUCCGGACAAACGAGGUGGAUCGAACCACCGAGAAAUUCUUAUUACGACAUAUUGGACAGGUACGCUCUCGGUUAUGAGAUGAAGAAAGACAAGUACUCGCAGCGUCCUAGCCUCAAAGUGUUGAGAUUUGUGGAUGAUUACGACCCGCGGGUGAAUCGUCGAGUUACUAAGUUUGAAAUCUACAAUCUAAACUCGAACUCAUGGAAAGUUGUUGAUUGUGUCAAUGAUCCGGACUGGGAAAUAGAAUCUCACCACUAUGGCGUGUCUAUCAAAGGCGGCAACACUUACUGGUGUGCACGACAGAAGCAUGAUCCACCACGCCCGGAUUUCCUUAUCUGUUUUGAUUUUACAACCGAGAGA